AUGUCUUUGUUACAUUAUUGGGAGACUAAACGCCCUGUUAAGCGCAGAAAGACGGAUGACAGCAAUAUUGAGCUCGAUAGUAAUGCCAGUGAGACGCGGCCACCGAGUCCCAGUGUCUCAUCGGUGACAGGUGAAACACCCGUUGUUAAUGAGCCUGAACUCCCGCCAAGGAGUAGCCAGACAGAUCUCGAGAUAUCAUUACCGGCUAUUCAAACGGAUGAACAGGCUAUUCAAGAAUACGAGGAAUCCCAAGCUACGAGAGAAGAUGAACCAGAGCCAGGCUUGCAUGACAGGUUACGAGAUGGGAGUUGGAAGAAGGGCAAAAGUUCCAUUUAUGUUGAUGCAUUCAAUCUAGCACUUGAGACGGUGUUGGAUGAGGAGUUCCACCUCUUCAAUGAGGGCGAGAUGGAAGUAUUCACGCAAUGGAAAGAACUCUCUUACGAGUCACAAUAUUUAUAUGUGCGACUAUUUCUUCGCAAAACUUCCGCCUGGCAUCGUGUCAAUCGAUUGGGUUAUUAUUCAGAUAUAUCUGACUUGGCAGCUGUAGCUGCCGAUCUCCAACGCGAUAGAACACUGCCAAAAUCCGAAGACCCAGAUGCCGAUAAAUUUGACCUUGGAGAGAUGUUUCGAUUUGCAGAUGGAACACAAGAAAUUGUUACAUUAGAAGAGGCAUCUUCGCUAUUAUUGCUUGAUGAGCUGAAAGGCUUCGCUCGUGGAGUCAAGGCACAAGGCAAAAAUAAAAAAGAGCUGCUGGCAGCUCUUUGUGAAACCAGCCAAACACAAACAGGAUUAGGAUUCAAGAAGGAAUUACACAGAAGCCAAUCCGAGAAUAGAGAGGGUCAUUUUUUACAGAAGAUCCUAGAUUACACAGGUGACUGUAUCCGGCUUUCUUCAGGGCCUCGUGCACUUUUUGAGCGUGUGCACUUGGUCUUUUACAGGUCAACUGAGUGGACUGAGAAGUCACUGACAACGAUCAUUCUCGCAAAGAUUUCACGAAGAAAUUUCCCUGAGUAUAUCGUUUCUCGAUCAAACUCCAUUUUCCCAUCCAGAUCAGCGCUUUUAGAAUUCGAAACAGCCAUCCGAACUCAAUAUGACAUUGACAACAUCCUGGAGUUCAACGGCCCACCAACUCCAGACUCAUUACAGGCUAUCAUUGACCAUGCAACCAAAGUAUACCCCAGGUGGCAAGAACUAGUUCAAGAAGAGCAAAAGAAGGAGGACUCUAUUUACGAAAGUGGGGAGGGCGCCUACCUUCGUCGAUUCUCGCCAGCAUGGGUCUAUACACGCAUCAUCCACAAGAGCCUGCAACCUCUUGGCCGAUUCAAGGAACAUAAGCGCGAGCAUGACUUGAUUACGGAACUUCUCGAGCAGCGACUAUUCCACGCUGCCCGUCGUGGUGCAUGGUAUCAGCGUAAAGCGUUACUAGAAGAACACUAUAUGUGGGCAUUGAUGCCUUCAGAGGGUCGAAACGAAGAGAAGCAGCGUAAACUCUGGAAACGGGUAGCACUGCGGACUUGCGAGGAGGGACUAGAAGAUCCUCUUUCACAUUUGAUUUAUCAUUAUGAUCUUCAGAAACGGAUUACGAAGCUUGAAAAGGCUCUCAGGAUCGUCAAGCGGGAGCAGCAUGAUUUUGGCCAUGUGAUGUUGGGCAAGCCUGUUGAACGAACAAUUGAGGGGAUCCGUAUAGAUCGGGAUGAACCCGUGAAGAAAGGAAAAGCUACAAUAUGGAUUGAUGAGAGGGAGGGUGGUGAGUGUAGGGUGGAAAGUAUGUGCCUGAGCUGGUAUCGUGAUCAUGGCUGGAAGGGGUAUCACUCUGAAGGAGGGAUUGUCCGCACGCUGUUUGGAUAUCUCUUCUAUGAUAUUCUUUUUACCUAUGUUCCGAAUGUCUUCCAGACACCCUUUCAGACCUGCCCUCUCGAUCUACAUACAGAUGUCUUCUAUCCAUCGCGGGCAUCAGAGAUCAAUCAUCGACUGGUCGAAAUCACAAAUGGCGACGCAAAACGAAUCAUUCGGGAUAUUCAUACCCGCGAAGCAGCUGCCCAGCCUUGUGCCAUUGGCAUCGACUGGUCGUUCGAGCUAGAUGAUCUGAUAGAGAUUGUACAGUGUUUCCGAGGUGAAGCUCUAGCCACAAUUUGCAAAGUUAUGGCGCAAGAAUAUCAACAGCGUGGUGGUGGUAUUCCUGAUCUAUUUCUUUGGAACGUUGAGACAGGGAAAGUCAUGUUCUCCGAAGUGAAAUCGGAGAAUGAUCGUUUGAGUGAUACCCAGCGAUUAUGGAUCCAUAUUCUCCUCUCAGCAGGAGUUCAGGUUGAGCUAUGCAAUGCUGUUGCGAAAGAGGUGAGGAUGGAUUGA